AUGGUAAUUGAAGUAGUGCCCUCGGAUUUCUUCCCAUGGAGUGGAGAUCAUCCAGAGGAUGCCCUGGACGAGGUGACAACGCGGAAUGGGUAUUACGACAAACUCCCGACGAACCACAACGAGUUGGGUACGGCAAAGCCUUCUUUGUGGAAAAGUGUGAAGCACAAGGCAGGUGCUCGAAUAUUGUCCUCACUUUUGGCCUCUACACUUCGCCAGCGUCAACUCUGCGGAAGAGUUCUAGGCGACAGCACCUUUAAAUUGCCACCAAGGGUAACAUUGACAGACACGAAGCGAGAGGCCUGGCUUAACGACCUCUCGAAUCCCUCCAUCUCUCUACGGCGUUUAAGUCGAACUAUACCCCAUGGAAUACGCGGCAAAAUGCUACUCGAUCAUUGCCUUGCCAAAUAUGUUCCCGUGCCUAGGGCAGUGUGGCUUGUCAAGUGUGUUGGCGCGAACGAAAUCAGGGCUUUCAAGAGGAAAGGCGCCGGGGUGGUGUUCACUGUGGGUGGGGAAGUGAAAUGGAUCAAGGAAUGGACAACAGCCAUUGAACAAUUUGUGAUAUCGGUCUUCACUUCCGCUGCAAACGAUGGAAAUAAGCAGCAGGCACAAACAGAUUACGUACUUGAAGUGACGCAACAGCUGUACUCCGAGCAGCUGAUGGAUCGUGGGCAAUAUCUCGAUUUUUUGGUUCAGAAAACCGGUGAAAGCGACCUUGACCGACUGCUACUGUGGCUAGUAAUUAUUGGAGCACAUCGGCAUGAUCUCGUAUUCCAAAGCUGGCGGGGGAAAAGACUCGUCGAAUUUUUGCUCUCCCACCUUGACAACGUAAAUUCUUUGGGCGCCCAAUACACCUCAUUCCGCGCUAAUACCAGAGAUCUGCAGAUAUCAAGGGCAGUCAUAUAUGACGGACUACAUACGAUCACGAACGCUGUCACCCAAAUCCUUGAAUUUGUCAUCCAUGGCGAGGCUGAAGCUACCUUGCAAAGAGCACCAAGCCCACCAUUGAAUCGAAUGACGCUUUCUGAAUUUGCCACCAUCUCAACAAUCAUGCUAGCAUUAGAUGAAUUUCCGAUUUUCGCUAAAGUCAUGGGAAGGCUUCUGGAGUGUGCGACAUAUGACACGCUACUGGCUAUCGUUGACACGGUCAAUUGCUACGUCGAGGUCUUCUUAGCCAUUGAUGCCGCACGCCAUCUCUUCGAACUUGCCUAUCGACGUGUAUUGGGCACAAAGGAUUCUGAGCUAGACCAGCACUUACUUGAGUCAUCAAUCGACCUGGCAGCCCGUGUUUCCAAUACUGAUGAAGAAAUCAAAGUGCUUCGAAAACAGCUCUUGAAGUUGUCUGCCGGCUCAGCAGUGUCUUUCGCUUACUCGCCAAUAUCAGACACAACUGUUGAGCCAUCUUACGCAGGAGAGAACUCUUUCCUUGAUGAGCUUGACCAAAUGCUAGCUACUGGCGGCACAAGCAUGGAUGGACAGACAUUGACACGAAUAUUUGGCAUGCUCACAACCCGCCAGGAGCUAAAACGUAGCGAUUCUAAAGGCUUCUUGCGAGUUGCGCAUCUACUUUCUCGCCUGCAGAAAUUUGACGAUGCGGUUUUUGGAAAGCUCAUCUCCCGCUGGUUGGAUACUUUACUAGUAACAGAGGGAAGACCGAGCCUCUUUACUAUUCUAUCGCCCUUUAUCUGUCUUCGAAUGGUUUCGAUGGAUGCGGUGAUUUCCUCCGGACUUGCAACUCUACAAAGAACGGAAUCAUCAACACGGCAGUUCAUGAUAGCAAUUGACCUUUUGGACCUCGUGUCGAAAGACGAUAAAUGUCCAUCAUUAGGUCCUGAAUUUCGCUCCUAUCGAAUGCGUCAACAACAGAUGUCCAUACGUUCGCUUUCUAGCCAAUCAAUCCUUAGGAUACUCAAAUUUCUAGCUAAAAGCUAUGAACCUGUGGCAGGCUCCAAUAGCGUACUCAAACACUUUAGUCUAGAUAAAGAACGGUUGCGUGUUUUCAUAGGCAGCAUUUUGCAUACGACAGCGAAUGAGCACCCAGCAUCUCUACCGACCGAUGCUGACGUCCAGAAUCAGAUAGGAAAUCUGCUUCUUCAGCUUGAUAAUACUGAUGAGGAUCGCAAUCGGGACGCUAGUGAGCUUAGGCAUGUUCUCGAUGGUUUCGACCCACCUACUCGCCAAUUUGAACUGAUUGCACCUCUUAAUUCAAGAGCUGAAGACACGGCCGAGCUUGUCUACAAUUUUGCAAAAACCGUGAUCAGACUUCCGGACGACACCCCACUAGAUCAUUUUAACUCCUGGGCAUUGCUUGUGUCCAGAUUCUCUGUUGAGAACGCAAAGUUGGUUCGGGAAGAUAUCGAGUCUGCUCUGAUCAACCACAUAUACGGCAGUCCUUUGACUUUUUCCAGAGCAACUGGGAACAUAACGUACGGUCUCUUGGUUAUUUUGGACGCUUCAGCAUUCAGUGUUUCAGCAUCCGACCACCUAGCUAUGGGUCAAAGGAUUUUGGUAUCUCUGGAAUUGGUCCAAAAGAAAAUCGACGCCCAAAAGGACUGUCAGUUACCGGAACCUAUCUUGUAUCAAAUUGACUCGUUGCUGGCCUUGAUCCUUCUGUACUGGCCAUUCCUUCAGGACCUACCUACGGCGCAAGAAAACCUGUGCAAGAUCAUUGCAUCACUUGGCUUGGUGGCACAGCGGCUUGACUCUUGCAACCUCUUACGUAUGUCAGGCAAGCUUCGAAGUGUGCUUUGCAAGGUUCUUGACUCCCUACCUGAUAUCACCCGUGUCCGAGUCAUAGGUACUAAUCAAACGCGCCAUGCGUUCUCUGACGUAUUCAUUCAGUCUUUGGAGAUCGACAGCCGCAAGCGAUUCCACAACAUACACAUUGCGAUUUCUGUAGAGCAUGGGGACAACAAGGGCCUACCGGCGACCAGGCAAUCUGUCAAAAAGCCUUUUACAUUCCGCAGGUGGGAGCUAAUGUCCGAGGCUACCCCUGCUAUUGCAGAGAACGAUAGCAGCCUAAGCCUCAUUCUUUUCGGCACUAAAAGAUCUGUACUUUAA